CUAACUCACUCACAUCAAAUCUCUCUUCUUAAGGAGUAUAUCCUUUUUCUUUUCUUUUUUAUAUUUUCCCAUUUCUCUUCAAUUUUCGCCGAAAGAAAAAAAAAAGUAUUUACUUUUUGGGUUUCUCUUCGGUGGGUUCACUACAACUAGAAACAUCUCUGAACCUCUUCUGUCUCAGUCUCAGCACCCAGCAGCAAAACCUCGAGGGUUUUUUUUUGUUUUUUUAUCUCUCUUUCACUGCCCUCUCAAAUCUUUUUUUCUUUGUGAUCUUGAAUUCUCGCCGAGUGAAUCUGGAACCGAGCAAGCUCGAAUUAGGUUUGAGGUUUCAAGCUCUCUGUUUCAAUGCAACUUCCGAGAUGGUUUGCAGAAGCGUUCUUGCUCCUGAUUACAAUUCUUGCGUCUUCAGACGCUGCAUUCAUUGGCGUGAACAUCGGAACUGAUCUCACCAACAUGCCAUCGCCUUCAGAGGUCGUAGAGCUUCUGAAUUCGCAACAAAUCACACACGUCCGUCUCUAUGAUGCCAAUAGCCACAUGCUUAAAGCAUUUGCCAACAGUAGCAUUGAAGUUAUGGUCGGUGUAACCAAUGAAGAAAUCCUUAAAAUUGGAAGGUUUCCUUCAGCAGCAGCUGCAUGGGUUAACAAGAACGUCGCUGCUUAUAUUCCUUCAACCAAUAUAACCGCCAUUGCCGUUGGUAGCGAAGUUCUCACCACGAAUCCUCAUGUUGCUCCGAUUCUUGCCUCGGCUCUCCACAACAUUCACAAGGCUCUUGUGGCUUCCAAUCUCAACUUCAAGGUCAAAGUUUCCAGCCCUAUGUCUAUGGGUAUAAUGCCUAAACCGUUUCCUCCGUCCACAUCAACCUUUAGCCCGUCGUGGAACACCACGGUUUACCAGCUUCUCCAGUUUUUGGAGAACACUGAUUCUUUUUUCAUGUUAAACGCGUAUCCUUACUACGGUUACACAACUGCGAACGGGAUUUUCCCGCUCGAUUACGCAUUGUUCAAGCAGCUUUCUCCGGUGAAGCAGAUUGUUGAUCCCAACACGCUUUUACAUUAUAACAGCAUGUUUGAUGCCAUGGUUGAUGCUGCUUACUACUCAAUGGGAGCUAUGAAUUUCUCCAAGAUUCCUGUUGUUGUAACUGAAACAGGCUGGCCUUCUGCUGGUGGAAGCGGUGAAGCGGCUGCAACACUCGCCAACGCAGAGACAUUCAACACUAACUUGGUCAAGAGAGUGUUGAACAACUCAGGUCCUCCUAGCCAACCAGGCAUACCGAUAAACACUUACAUCUACGAGCUGUACAGUGAAGACAAACGAGCCGGACCAGUCUCUGAAAAAAACUGGGGGAUAUUAUUUCCGAAUGGGACUUCGGUUUAUCCUCUGAGCUUGAGUGGUGGCGCUAACUCCGCAUCUCCAAACGGUUCAUCGUUGUUCUGUGUGGCUAAAGCUGAUGCUGAAGAUGAUAAGUUGGUUGACGGUUUGAAUUGGGCGUGUGGUCAAGGCCAAGCUAACUGCGCUGCGAUUCAACCGGGCCAUCCUUGUUAUCUGCCGGACAAUAUUAAGAGCCAUGCUUCUUUUGCUUACAACGACUAUUACCAGAAGAUGAAAAGUGCUGGUGGAACUUGCGACUUCAGUGGUACGGCCAUUACCACGACUAGAGAUCCCAGCUAUAAAACAUGUGCGUACACAGGAAGCUUAACCGCAAAUGCAACUGGAGGAAACUUUCCUCCGACUGCGUUAGGACCCGUCAGUCCAUUGGGAGGAAACGCCAACACACUUAUCACCUCUAGCUCCUACCAUCUUCCCUUAUUGGCAGCAUUAGCUCUCACGCUACUACAACUGUUGUAAUACAGCACAGCCCCCUUUUGUAGAACGUAUCCCAAGACACGGUUUUGUAGUAACCCGGAGAAGUCUAGAAGCGGCUUCGUGUUUCUCCGAGUACCUGUAAUUUGUUGUUUUACUUUUGGUUUUAGUGUAAGUGUAGUAACUAGAGACUAUAGAGAGCUCACAAGUUCCCAUUCUUUGUCUUCUUCAUCUUUGAACUAAAAAUACCUUCGAAUUAGAGUGAUUUAAAUUUCAUAUUCACAUGAAAUGAAUCAUUGUCUUGUAUUUUACUGUGAUA